AUGCUCUCGCCCGUCCGCGCGCGCCUCUCCACCGUGCUCUGCACGGCUGUGCGCGGCCCCCGCCCUAACCGGGCGCUCUCGCGGUCGGCGCGGGAAGGACGGGCCCGCGCGGCGCACGCGGUCGCUGGCGGCAAGGGCCACGCUAGCGACGAGAAGAGGAAGAUCCUGGAGGACGCAAUCGGGCGGAUGAACAAGUCCUACGGCCAGAACGCCGUCAUGUUCCUCACGGGCGCGCGGUCCCAGGUGGAAACAGUGCCGUCGGGCGUCCUCACGCUCGACAUGGCCCUGGGCGGCGGCCUGCCCAAGGGCCGCGUCAUCGAGGUGUUCGGGCCGGAGUCCUCCGGCAAGACCACGCUGGCCCUGCAGGCCAUCGCCGAGGUCCAGAAGCGCGGGGGCCUCGCGGCGCUGGUCGACGUGGAGCACGCGGUCGACCCCGUGUACGCCGCGAAGCUCGGCGUCAACCUGGACGACCUCGUCCUGAGUCAGCCGGAGCACGGCGAGGGCGCGCUCAACAUCGUCGACGAGCUCGCGCGCACGGGCGUGGUCGACCUCAUCGCCGUCGACUCCGUCUCCGCGCUCAUCCCGAAGGCCGAGCUCGAGGGCGAGGUCGGCGCCACGCAGGUCGGCGGGCAGGCGCGCCUCAUGAGCAGCUCCCUCCGGCGCCUGUCGAAAAACGCCAACAUGUUCGGGUGCACGAUCAUCUUCAUCAACCAGCUGCGGCAGAAGAUCGGCGUCAUGUACGGCAACCCCGAGACGACGUCGGGCGGCCAGGCGCUCAAGUACUACUCCUCGGUCCGCAUCGAUGUGCGGCGGCGCGAGAUCCUCAAGGAGGGCGACAAGAACACGGGCAUCCGCGUGCGGACGCGCGUGGUGAAGAACAAGUGCGCGCCGCCGCUGCGCGACGCCGAGUUCGACAUCCGGUUCGACUCGGGGAUCGACACGGUCGGGUGCGUGAUCGACGCCGCGGAGACGUCGGGCCUCGUGAAGCGGCGCGGGGCGUACUACUACUUCGAGGACGCGAUGCUGGGGCAGGGGCGCGCGAAGACGGUGGACUUCCUGAAGUCGAACCCGGAGGUGCUCGGGCGGAUGGAGGCGCUGGUGCUGGAGAAGCUGCACGCGGGGUUCACGCCGCCGAUUGACACGGCCGAGGACGACGCGCUGGCGGUCGCGGAGGAGGCCGGCGCGGUGGACGGCGAGGCGGAGGCCGAGCCCGAGGUCGACAUCACGCUCACGCUCGGGGAGGAGGACAAGCCGGAGGAGUAG